AUGAAUAAUUCAUCUGAUGAUAGUGAUCAAAGCGGACCAUCAACUCCAAAAAAAGCAAAAAAGAUACAUUAUAAACAAAAAUUCAGAGACGAGUGGUUAAAAGACAAUAGUUUCAAAACUUGGCUGAAACGUGACCCAAAAGACCCAUAUCGUGCAGUUUGUGUUAUGUGUGAUGCAAAAUUGAUAGCUGACAGAGUAGUGAUAAAAAUACAUGGUGAAGGUGCUAAGCAUGUAAAAAGAACUACAGCAGCGCCAGCUCAAUCUUCGAUUGCUACUGCAUUUGAAAAGGUUAAGCAGUCCGAUGAUGAUAAAUGCAAAGCAUCUGAGAUAAAGUUGGCCGCUUUUAUGGCAGAGCAUAAAAUAUCCAUGAGGGUGAUGGACCACUUAGUUGAUUUAUUGCCUACUAUGUUUCCUGACUCUCAGAUUGCAAAAAAUAUGAAAAUGAAGAGAACAAAAUGUCAAGCAAUAAUAAACAAUAUUCUAGGAGAAUCGGAAAAACAAGAUUUGUGUGCAGAUCUAAAGGAGCAAAAAUUCUCUCUCAUGAUUGAUGAAAGCACUGAUAUCGGAGCAGUAAAAACUAUGUGUGUUGUGGUCAGAUAUUACUGUGCACUAAAAAGGUCAAAUUGUUAG